AUGCCUCAAAGACGAUAUGCAGAGGUGACUGCGGAUCCCCGAGAGCAAGCCAGCCUUCUAGCGAAUGCCGACCCUGGCAUUACUCGGUCGAAGCCGCCGACAGGCUCAAAGGGCGCCGAACAUGCCCUUACACCGCGACAGGCCAUCAAGGCCUACCCGAUGGCCAUAUUCUGGACUCUUGCUGUAUCCAUGACAGUGAUUAUGGAAGGCUAUGAUACGAUCCUUAUCGGUAACUUCUUUGCAUACCCCACCUUUGCAGAGAAGUAUGGACAGAAGAUCGAUAAGCAUGGUCAUCAUCAGCUCUCUGCUCCAUGGCAGGCUACCCUGAGUAACAUGGCGGGGAUUGGCAGCUUCUUUGGUGUGCUGCUGAACGGCCAUCUGGUUGAUUUGUUCGGGCAGAAGAGAGUGAUCAUCGGCGCACUAUGUGCUCUCUCGUGCUUCGUUUUCAUGACCUUCUUUGCCCCGACGAUCCAAGUUCUUGCAGCAGGAGAGUUUCUGUGUGGACUACCCUGGGGCGUGUUCGCCUCGUCGGCCCCUGCGUACGCAUCAGAGGUGCUCCCCUUGAGCCUGCGUGUAUAUCUGACUUCGUAUACGAACAUGUGCUUCAUUAUUGGUCAACUGAUUGCUGCUGGUAUCCUGGCCACAUUAGUCAGCCGGACUGAUGAGUGGGCUUUUCGCAUACCCUUCGCCAUACAGUGGGUGUGGCCAGCGUUUUUGAUCCCUUUGUUGUGCUUUGCACCCGAAUCUCCGUGGCAUCUGGUGAGAAAGGGCGAGAUAAAGAAGGCAGAGCUGUCUUUGCGGCGUCUCAGGAGUUCACAGGAUGAUGUGGACGUCAAAAGCACGCUGGCCACCAUUAUCCGCACGGACGCGCUCGAAAAGAGGAUCACGGCGGGCACAAGCUACUGGGACUGCUUUCGUGGCGUUGAGCGCCGUCGCACGGAGAUUGCCUGCAUGGCAUUUGCGGGGCAGAUGUUCUCCGGGCUUGCGUUUGCAUACAACUCUACAUACUUCUUCCAGCAGGUUGGCCUUACUCCAGCACAGACUUAUAGGCUGAAUAUCGGUGGGACUGGCCUGGCGCUGUUAGGAACCUUGGUCAGCUGGUUCACUUUGAUGCCAUACUUUGGCCGCCGACGGAUCUUUUUGUGGGGGAUGUUUACCUUAUUUCUGAUCCAGUACUUCAUCGGGAUACUCAACAUAUGGACAGAUAACGAUGCGGUGGCCAUGUUUCAGGCUGUUAUGACCUUGGUUUGGACAUUUGUCUUUCAGCUUUCCAUUGGACAACUAGGAUGGGCUCUACCCGCCGAAGUAGGGUCUACCCGUCUCCGGCAGCGUACUGUGUGUCUUGCGAGGAACACCUACUAUAUUGCCUUCGUCAUAGCACAGACCCUACAGCCAUUUUUCAUGAACCCAACACAGUGGAACAUGAAGGGCUACACAGGCUUCUUCUGGGGUACGACAGCCUUACUCACAUUCAUCUGGGCGUACUUUCGGCUCCCCGAGACGAAGAAUAGGACCUAUGAGGAGUUGGAUUGGUUAUUUGCCAAAGGAACUGCCACAAGAAAAUUUGAAUCAACAAAGGUAGACGUCUUCGGUCACGACGAAGAAUGUAACCCAGGGCCUUCUUUCAACGACGUGGAGGAGGAGGAUGUUCACUUGGGAACUGGAAAUGGUUAG